GCAGGCAAAAAUCAGCCUUUGCUAGGGGCUCAUCAGCUGGACAGCGGAGGUGGGGGUUCUGUGUCACGGGAUGCCUCCAGCUGCGCCUGGCUGGCUCCAUCCCAGCUUCCCGCCUUGGGCAUCAUGAGUUACUUCCUGUCUUACUGCAAAGCCCACGGCAGCUCUCUUCUCACUGGCUACCAGGCCCUACGCGCUGAGGGCUUCUUGUGCGAUGUGACACUGGAGGCCGAGGGCAGUGAGUUCCCAGCGCACAGGUCACUUCUGGCGUGCUCCAGCGACUACUUCAGGGCCCUGUUCAAGAGUCACACUCAGGAAUCACAGGCUCCUGUAAUUCACCUGCAUGUGCCUUCAGCGGCUGGCCUACAGCGCCUGCUGGACUUCAUCUACACUGCCUGGCUGCCCCUCUCCAUGGACACUGUGGAGGACACUCUGGAGGCUGCCAGCUACCUGCAAGUCACCGAGGCCUUGGGACUGUGUGCCCACUACUUGGAACGCCAGCUUGCCCCAGAGAAUUGCUGCUUCACUGCAAAUGUGGCAGCUCGCUUUGGCCUGGCCAGCACCCUAGGUGCGGCGGAGCGCUAUAUUGUGCAUCACCUGGGGGAGCUGUUAUUGAUGGGCACUGGCCCUUCGGGGCUGCUGGAACUUAAUCCUAUAUCUAUGAAAGCUGUGCUGGGUGCCUCCAAUGUGGCACGGGUGCCUGAGACGCGACUGCUGGGCCUGGCACUAGCCUGGCUACAGCAGGAGCCCACGGCCCAGCGUCUGGCACAUAGUUCAACACUGCUUGGAUGCAUCCGCUUUGGCCUGGUGCCUGCUGGUGUGCUGCGGCGCAUGUACUCGGGCUCCGGUCUUAUAUUACCUACUAGGAUAAAGAGCCUCAUCAUCCAGGCCCUCAAUUACCACACAGCACCCUCCAGCCAGCCGCUUCUGCAGGGAGAACAGACUAGUGUCCGGAGUCCCCAGACCCGUAUCUUGCUAGUUGGUGGUCUCAGAGCUAGGGAGAUGGUAACUGAGGAAAUUAUGGUCCUACCAGAGGUAGUUCAGAAUCGGCACCCUGCACCUGAACCAGAGGGAGAGGAGGAAGAAGAGAUGGAGGAGGAGAAGGAGUGGGAGAUCACCCAGGAUGUGGUGUCCUUCGACGUGUACAACCACAGCUGGCACAGCUUGACACAGCUGCCCACACCACUGCUAGGCCACAGUGUAUGUACCACUGGCAAUUUCCUAUUUGUCCUUGGAGGGGAGAGCCUUUCUGGCAGCCUAUCUAGUUCCCUGGCUGAUGGCUCAAGGUCAGUCACAGCCUUAGUGCACCGUUAUGACCCGCGCUUCCACACUUGGACACAGGUGCCUGCCAUGAGAGAAGCAAGGGCCUACUUCUGGUGUGGUGUGGUAGGCGAGAGUCUCCUGGCUGUUGGAGGCCUGGGCACCUGUGGUGAGGCACUGGCCUCAGUGGAGAUGUAUGACCUUCGCAGGGACCGCUGGAUGGCAGCUGGAGAGCUACCUCGGGCAGUGCAUGGUCACGCAGGUGCUGUUGGGGACCAUGGUGUUGUGUACAUCUCCGGGGGCAAGGCUGGGAGAGGUGAAGGAGGCACAAGUAGCUUCCGGGAUAUGUACUCCCUUAGCCCUGGAGAGAGAGUGUGGAGCAAGAGGGCACCCAUGGGCACAGCUCGCUAUGGGCACUACCUUGCGGUGCUGCGAGGUGCAGUGUUUGCCUUUUUGGGGAGAUAUGAGCCCUUCUCUGAGAUUGAACGCUAUGACCCCAGCACAGACCAGUGGACUCGGUUGCGGUCGCUACCCUAUGACCGCUUCUGCUAUGGACUUGCUGUGGUAGAAGAGACAGUGCUGCUGCUGGGUGGUCUCAAGUGGCGGGAAUCACGCCAGGUGCCAACCCGUAACGUAGUGGGCUAUGACCUCGACCUGGACCGUUGGGAAGACAUAGGCUGUGUGCUGCCCUGGGCGUGGAGUGGACUUCAGUGUGCAGUGCUGCAGCUGCCCGAGGGUAGGGAGGAGACAAGGGAGGGAGAGGCUGGAGAGGUGCCAGAUUUAGGGUUGGCUUGAACAGGGGAGUCCAGUCUUCAGAGGAUCCCAGAGAAAGUUGUUCUUGAUCUUGCCUGAAGAGCACUGCUCUUUUCCCCUAAGAGGACUCUGAUAGAGUAGUUCUGAAGGGUAAGGAGGCAAACAAGGUGUUGGCCAAAGAAUCACCUUUUCCCUUCAACUGCAAAUGUCAGCCAGGAAUGGUCAAAUGCAAAGAUAUGAGCCAGCUUUUAGUUAACUGAAGAGUUUUCAGAAAGACAGACUCAUUCUGGCCUAGAGGGUGGAAUUUGAAAAUAAAAUAGGACCUUAUUUCUCUCCUUAAAGUGUUUUUCAAGUACCUGUGAAUAUUUUCAUGUUUCCCAUCCAAAGAAUGUAUAACUAGUUACACACAAACCACAGAAAACUGUUGGCUACAAUAGCUGUAAUAAUAGUCCCAGUAGACAGUAUCUGAUGAAAUUGUUAGGGUGUGUGCGUGUAUGUAUGCAUACACACACCUUUGUUAAACAGUAUGGAAUGGUUAUUCUGAGAAAAAUGAUAUUUAUGGUGCACAGCCAUGGUUAUAGUUCUGCUUUGACAAUUUCGCAUUGGCAUGGCACUGAGAAGGAAAAAAAAAACCCAGAAAAAAGCAUUUCUUUGAGGAUCUACUCUUGAUUAAUAACUUUUCUGUCCUAUCCUCAUCUGCUUUUACACUGGCAUCUUAUUAG